CAGUAGGGUGUGUCUUUUGCUACACACGCACACACACACACACACACGCAGAGCUACACUACGAGUUAUUAACCCUUCCCUUUUUUUUUUGCAAAAUUUCCACCUUUUCUUUGCUGUUUUUUGUUUUUAAAUAACCGACUCAGCCGAGACUUUCUCCCCCAGGCUCGGACGGGACUUGAUGCCGCUGCCGGCCCGCUGCUCUGCUCAGACCUCCGCGGUUCCGGUCCGGUUUCGUUUUUUGACUCGUUCACGCUGGGUUUAGGUUAUUAACAGCAAUUUUAUUUAUUUAUCACACUGACAGUAAUGAUCAUGUUUCACGCCGUGAAGAAGCUGUUUUUUACGGAGGCUCAGUGCCUGAGCGACGAGGUAACCAAGAGCUUCGAGACCCUUUUUGAGAAGUUGGACGUGAAUAAGGAUGGGAAGGUGGACAUCGGGGAGCUCAGGCAGGGCCUGGCCGCCAUGGGCUUCAGUCUGGGGGCGGACGCGGCUCAGAAAAUCGUUUCCUCCGGCGACUCGGAUAAAGACGAGCAGCUUGACUUUUUGGAGUUUUCCAAAUACCUGCAGGAACAUGAGAAAAAGCUCAAUCUGACGUUCAAGAGUCUCGACAAAAACAACGAUGGACGCAUUGAUUACACAGAGAUUCAACAGGCACUUAAAGAGCUGGGGAUGAACUUAUCAAAGGAAAAUGCUGAAAAGAUUCUUCAAAGCAUUGAUGCGGAUGGCACCAUGACGAUUGAGUGGAACGAAUGGAGACAGCAUUUUCUCUUUAACCCAGCCACCGACCUGCAGGAGAUCAUACGCUACUGGAAACACUCCACCGUUCUGGAUAUAGGUGACAGUCUGACCAUCCCAGACGAGUUCACAGAAGAAGAGAAGACAUCUGGUCUGUGGUGGAAGCAGCUGGCCGCCGGUGCAAUGGCCGGGGCAGUGUCGCGUACAGGAACAGCUCCCUUGGACCGAAUCAAAGUGUUUAUGCAGGUUCAUGGCUCGAAAACCAACAAAAUCAGUAUAUUGGGUGGGUUCAAGCAGAUGAUUAAAGAGGGCGGCGUAACAUCAUUGUGGAGGGGCAACGGUGUCAACGUGAUAAAGAUCGCCCCUGAAACUGCCAUCAAGUUCAUGGCGUAUGAGCAGUAUAAGAAGCUGCUGUCCUCAGAAGAUGGAACAGUUCGGACCCACGAGAGGUUCAUGGCAGGUUCUCUGGCUGGAGCCACAGCACAGACAGCCAUCUAUCCUAUGGAGGUAAUGAAGACGAGACUGACGCUGAGGAAAACCGGACAAUAUUCCGGCAUGUUCGACUGUGCCAGGAAGAUUCUAAAGAAAGAAGGAUUGAAGGCUUUUUAUAAAGGCUACGUCCCCAAUAUCCUGGGCAUCAUCCCCUACGCAGGAAUAGACCUGGCUGUCUACGAGACCCUAAAGAACACCUGGUUGUCCCGCUAUGCUAAAGACUCUGUGAACCCUGGGAUCCUGGUCCUGCUGGGUUGUGGUACCAUCUCCAGCACAUGCGGUCAGCUGGCCAGUUACCCUCUCGCCCUCAUCCGGACACGCAUGCAGGCUCAGGCGUCUGUGGAAGGCUCGGAGCAGGUGUCCAUGGGCAAACUGACGAAGAAGAUCCUGGAGAAGGACGGCUUCUUCGGCUUGUACCGCGGCAUUUUACCCAACUUCUUAAAAGUGAUCCCGGCCGUCAGCAUCAGCUACGUGGUAUACGAGUACAUGAAGACCGGUUUAGGCAUCUCCAAGUGAGGCGUAUAAGUGUAGGUGUGUAUGUGUGAAGAGUAGGUGACAGGGGGUCGGGAGGGGGUUGUAUGUGUAAAAGUAAGAGCCGAAGAGAUGUAAAAAACAUGGAAUAGUUGUUGAGAAGCUUAGAACCAAAAGUGUCAUCCCAAAUGAACCAUAAGCCGGAAGGAGUCCAACGUAGGCCUCGAAUGUGACUGAGUUUAUUUCCUGAAUACCAACACAACAGGUUUUGUGCAAUUCAUAACGAUAAGAUCUGAUCCAGAGGAUCUGCUGGAGCUGAGCAAUAUGAGCACAUAUAUCUUGUGAAAAUGGAUUUUAUACUUAAACAUCUACAGUCUACUUUCUGGGCUCGAACCGACCAAUAGGAAGAUUUAUUGCAUUCGAGGCAGAAAUGCAGCUUUUACAUUUAAAGAGAAUUUACUUGUGGUUUUAUGUGAAACAAAUCAUGUUAAAAAAUAUAUAUUCAAAGCCAAAUCAUCCACAUUAACUCCUGUUUAAAGCCUAGUACUCCAGCAAGGCAGUUUUUAUUUUUUUUCCACUCCGUCCAUUUGUCUCAGGUUUACUUUUUUUUUUUUUUUUUACGUUUAUUAACGAGAUUUCAGUUCCAGGAGCGAAAGUUUACUCAAGCAAAACCUCGUCCAUCUCCGCUCACCCAAUCGUCCAGCGUUUAUUGUUUGUUCUACCUUUAGAUUCGUUUGUCCUUGUUGGUAAAAAAAAAAAAAAAAAAAUGCACUUAUCGAUCAUUUUGCAGAUUAUAAAAAAAAUAAAUAAAUGUGCCUUAUGAAAACUGAUCCCAAUAUAUAUGCAGACUGUUCAUUCAUUAUCAGUGAAUCCUGUUUACAUCGCAGCGAGUUUUUCAACAUAUUUCAAUAAACACGGUGAUUUUGCA